AUGGAGGCGGCGAGUCAAGAAAGGCAAAUCCACUCCAUCGGCGUGCUCACGAGGACUAUUCUUCACAGCCCAGUGAUACACUGGAUACUGCACGCUCAGCUUCGCCAUCGACUGUGUAACGAGGUCGUGUUUGUCGGGGAAGACUUCGUUCACAUCAAAGAGGUACGUAAGGUUUGCCCCCAAAGCUUCAAAGUAGAGGUCCUGUCAAGUUGUGGGGUGCUCGAAGCACAACAUUAUUUGCUGUCUAUGAUUGAACGCAAAUUAGACUUUAAAUGUUCUGCUGCACGCUACAAGCGUAGAGCUGGCGAACAUAUAUUGUCUGCACGCAUGUUACUCUGCGGCUAACGCCACACUCGAUAUUGCCAAGAUCCUUCCCUAUGCCGUUCCAUUGAUCAGUUCAAACAGCAUAGUCAGCUAACUCAUCAGUCAGAUUAUCCCAGAUGGUCCGGGACGUCGCUUACAACAUGUAGCCUCCAAGAUAGACUUCGAUUCACGCAUUCGCGCCGCUGCCAUCUUCAACAAUGAAGAAGACCCUGCGCAAGUCGACUUCCUCGUGAAGCUCGAAAGACAACGAGGCGAACUUGAUGAUUCAGGAGGACCGCCUCAGUUGUUGAUCUUGACAUUGGAAUCCAAUGACAUUGUCUUUCUCUACCUGCGGAAGGGUGCUGAUGGCACCGCCCGCUUCAUUCAGCAGACGUGUCCCAUGCCUUGCUUUGACCGCAUGUUGUUUCAACCAGGACAGUUUCUAGCUGUCGACCCACUCUCGAGAGCGCUCGCCGUUGCCGCGAACGAGAGAGAGGUCAUCAUCUACUCGGCAAAACCGAGAGACCAGAUCCUACGAGAAAUUCGCGAAGGGUCAGAAACGUGGUGUCCAGUGUCCUCUCAGCGACCUUUGCAGAUCGAGGGUGUAAUACAGCAGAUGGACUUCCUCAUUCCCCCGUCGGACGACAAGGACCAUAUCGUCUUGCUGCUCAUUGUUACCGAUCAGCGCUACACAAAGGCCAUUCGCAUAGAUUGGCACUAUUCGUCAGGACCCCACAAUGCACAAUUGCACCCCGGUCAGCCUUUAGCUCGUGCGAAGACGACUUCUAGCUUGCUGAUACCUCUGCGGGAUGCGUCGUUUCUGCUGGUCACUGGAAACGAGGUCGUGCGCUGGAAAGACAUUCUGUCCGGUUCUGCCUCCGGAACGACUCUGAGAUCUCCAGAACAGCCUGCCAAAUUUCCUGGCAAUUCGUCACAUGCGCCAACUUGGGCAGGUUGGGCAAAGCCGCGACGCAGUCAAGCCGCAACACGAGGAAGAGAUUCACUCUAUCUUGUCCGAGAAGAUGGUCUGGUCUUUUUUAUGGCAAUCGAUUCGAGGGGUAACAUACAGACAAGCUUUGCGGGCGAUCUACAAUGCCACGUCGGCAGCGCAUUUGCCUCUCUUGGAGAUGAAGGUGACCCUGAUGUCCUAGCUGUCGCGGGUGAGAUGAGCACUGGCCGCGUGGUUUCUAUUGGCGCAUGGCCCAGCACCCGCGAAAUGGAAGUGCUCAGUCGCGACGACACAAUGUCUUUUGAUCCCGUGGAGAUGGUUCCGAACUGGGCUUCAGUGACCGACAUGAUCGGCACAAAACUCUAUUCUAACCGCACACGCCUCAGCGACACAGACAAUGUGCUGAUCACAUCGGGCCGUCAGCCUUAUGGUGGCGUAACUGAACUUAGGCGAGGAGUCGAAGCUCGCAUGUCGGCCUUCGUGGAAAUCCCAGGUCUUCGUGCGGCCACAGAUGUUUGGACCUUGCCUGAUUUGGCUCUAGGUUCCAUCAUCAUUGUUUUAUCAUACCCAUCCGCGACAGUCCUGUACACUACGUCGGCUGAAUUUGAUGAAGAUUGGAACGUGUUCGAAGACAUGACCGCGUUUAAUACCGACUGCAGAACAAUCGCGGCUGGCAUCACAAUCAAUCAGCGCUUAGUACAAGUUACGGAUCGAAGCAUUUGCGCAUCGAGCUCCAUGCAUGUCAAUUUCGAGGACACUGCGAGUAGGGUCUUCGAAGACGACACGAGGAUUUUGGCCGCUUUCAUUAUUGCAGAAGCUUCCACUCUUGUCACGGCGGAACGCCAUGAUACCGGCUAUGCAGUAGUCUUGUACGACCUGUCAUUGCCUGAUGAGACGUCUGGAAUCGAGCGCCGAAGUGCCGUCGAAAUUGAGCGCGAACCAUUGUGUCUCUCAGCAGCUGCAGUAGACGAUGGCGCCGUUGUGGUAGCAGCGACCGACAAUGGAGGCGUAGCGUUGAUGCAAUUCGAUCACGCUGGCAAGGCUCCAAGCAGUCGCAUAAUCAAUCUGUCUUCUUUCACGCAAGGCCAUCCUGUGUGCGAUCAGCUUGUAAUCCUGCAAGGCACCAAGAAAGCGAUCGGCACGCCUGACUUGCUCGUUGUUUGUGGCCUGCGGGACGGAAAAAUCAUUACCUUCACACUCAGUGCGGGCCAUGCGCAGCCAUCAGGCGAUGCACGGGUGAUCGAGUUUGGCUCCAGCACAGUGAAACUCACUCCCUUGUCAAACGAGCCAAAUUGUGCUUGCGCUAUGAGUGACAACGCAACCUGUCUUCUCUCAUGGGACGGGAAAAGUCCGCAAUCCCUCAGGAUUGAGAACAUUUGGCUGACGGACAAGGAUCGGCCACACCUUGCCCAGGGUGCGAUUACUGCGAUCGCGAAGCUGCCCAGUGCCGCUCACCUAUCUUUUGACACUUUUGCAGAGUCUCUGGUCCUGCUAUCGGGAGAAGAAUUUGUUAUUGCCACCCUGAACCAGACCGCGACCACUGUUCCGCGUCAAAUACAAGUGUCUGGCACUCCAAACCGCUUGGUAUAUGCAGAAGCGUUGCGACACAUUGUGUGUGCAUCCGUACGGACCGAAGUGCAAGGCUCCCAGGAGACACGACGGAUCUGGCCAGUCAUUGAUUUUGUGCCGAGCAGGACCGAAGGAUCUCUUGUGAGCUAUCACAUGCAACCAGGCGAGCGCGUUAACGCUAUUAUCGAGUGGUCGUAUCGGAAUCCCACCAAUCCAGACAAGUUGUAUUCCUUCGUGAUUGUCGGCGGUAGCUAUGUCAGACACAAUGGCACUCGCAGAGGUCGAAUCACAUUCUUGCAGCCUACAUUUCGUAAGGGCAGCUGGGAAAUUGCCGAAAUGUCCGAGACGAGAAAGGAUCCUUUCGAUCAGGAUGUCUACGCCCUAGCUUUGUACGAUUCGAUCACGUACGUUGCUUGUGCUGGGGAAAGUGUGCACUUGCAUAGACUCCGAGAAGGGGAAGAUGGAAGGAAGUGGGAUCAACUCUGUCUUCCAUUCAAGCUGGCUAGUCCAGGUGCACAUGUUACGGUGGAGACAGACCACAGUGGAAGACGACUGAUCAGCAUCAGCACCAUACGAGACUCCCUCGUUACGCUGAUGCUUGAUGAGAUACAAGCAGCGAAUGGUGCCGCGGCAAAACACGUGCUCAAGCCAGUAAUGACUGGACCACGCGCAGAUGAUGCACUCAGGCAUUACAUCUUUGACACGACUUCUGCGCUUUACUCUCGCGGGGAUAUCGACUUGUUCUCAUUGAUGAGCACCAAGGCCGGACAACUCAUCGGCAUGACCUGUCGAAAGCAUUCACUUGAUGGCGAACCGCGUCAUGCAGUCGGGGAUAUUGUAUUCGACGCCAAGCUUCCUCGCUCUCUGACAAGACUCGAACAAAUCCCUGCACCUGCUCGCAGAGGCAAAGUUCCGUCGGGAGUCUUGCCAGAAAGAGUCGUUGGCGCUGCGACUGAUGGCUCUCUUGUCGGGAUAGCAUUGUUGGAUGGGAGGCUCUGGAGACGUCUUUCGUGGCUGCAAAGACUUGUCGAAUGGAGCCCUGACUUAUCGCCACAUUCUUACCAAUCACCCAACUAUAACCCAGCGGGCAUUGACAGAUUUGGGCAAAAGGGAAGAGUACUGCCGAUUGGCUUCAAUGGUCACGAUGGCGACUGGAUAAUGCUUCAUACGACGAACAGCAAAGCCAACGAUAUGCACAUAGACGGCGAUGUCCUCACACGCGUUCUUGAGAAGAAUGGCGUUGAAGCAGUCAAGCGAGUCAUGAGCAAGCUUGUAGAGCUGGACAAUGCCACCGGAGCAUGGAUGAGGGAACAUGUCGAUGAGGAGUUGGAAGCUCUGGAUGAGUUGCUUGGUCUUGUACAGCAUCUUGACGCAUGGAUGUGA